AGUAACUACCCAUUCUACCAGCUCUCUUUGUUUGCAACGUGCACGUUCAACUUCCUUCUGUGAUACCCUUUAAUGUCGAUUUAAUUAAUUUAUUUUUAUAUAUACUCAAAUAAUUGUUGGUUCUUAAAAAGAAAAAAAGGACGUUUUGUUCCUACUGUAUUUUUAUGAGUUACAUUAUGUUUAAUUUACUUAACUUUUAUCGUGACAAAUAGUAAGAUUGAAUGUUCUCAAUCAUUAAGUUUCAUUACUGCGGUGCACGGGUUUCCAAAAUAAUUCCCGUUUACGUUACGUGUACAAAAUGGAAACGGAAGAAUAUGAUAAUCCUAAAGAAAUAAGAGCAACAUUAGAAACAUAUAAGAAAUUAGCAGAUGAUUUUUCUAACCAUGACACAAUCUUAAAGGAUAAAACGGUGUUGUCCUACAUAGCAUAUAUUCUCGAAGUACCUUAUUUAGAUAUUAUUAAUCUCUCAUUAGAUAUUUUGGAAUUGUUUAUUAAAAAUGCUGAUAAUUAUUUACACAUAACCUCUACUUUUGGAAUAAGGGAAGCCUUAGAUGCUGUUGUAAACAGAUUUAUAUUGAGCGAACCAGAAAUAUCUAAAAGGGCGCAACAUCUAAAAGAUAACAUAGAACGUAUGAAACCACCUAUAUAUAAUUUACGCAGUAGAUGCAGGAUCAUCGAAAGAAAGAAAUUAAAAACCCAUGUAAUUGUAUUACAUGUUCAAGGCUUAUUACCGGAGACUAGAUCUGAACUGGAAUCAACAUUGAUCAAAAUUGAGGGAUUGAUAUCUCUUGUAAUAGAUGUUGAACAUCAACGUGUUACCAUGCGUACAUUGAAUAAUGUUACCGCCAAGCAAAUUGCUGAAGCUAUACAAGAAAAUUUAGACAACAUGGAGGCAUGGCUAGUUACAAAAAAUAAAUUCAAUCAAGAAUUUUUAGUUAGAUUGACCCAUAAAGAAGAUACGGAUGACAUUGAAAAUAUGCCAGAAUACUUACCGGAAGAAGAAGAGCAAGAAGAUGGAAAAGAAGGAGUCGUAUCUUUAUUUAGUGGCUUAAGACAAAGUGCUUCGUCGUUAUACAAAUCUACGACAGAAUUUCUUCAUAAUUCCUUUUAUUGGUAAAUCAUUAUUGAUAAAUUAAUUAAUCAGUUCGAAUCAUGUUCGAAAAUGUUCUGCAAAUAAGAACAUAUUUAAUGGAUCUUUUCAUUUAUAUGACUAAAGACUUUUAAAUCAAUUGUAAUUAUUUAUUUAUGAUCUAAAUAUCACUUUUUAUGGAUAUUUUUGUUCUCUUUAAAUUUUGGUUUCUCUUUAUAAGAGUAUAGCGUUAUAAAUAUUGUAAAGAUAACAAAAAGUCUCAUGCAUGUACCUAUUUACCAAGUUCAUAUUUGAACUAUAAUGUACAUACAUCUCGAAUUAUCUCGAAUUUUCUUAAAGAAAGAUGUGUUGUAAGUUAUGUAGAGUUAUAUGCGAUCAAAAACAAUUAAAUCUUUUAAGCUUA